UGUACGUUUUGAAUGAAAACUGCGUAAAAUUCGUUUAUAUAUUUUAGAUGAGAAUGAACCAAAAAAUUUUGUAAAAUCUUGAUGCCUAAUAGUGAGAAGGUCAGGUACAUUGAAAUGAUGCAAUUAUAUUACAAUAUGUUGUUGUUUAAUUGAAAAUGUAGCGUUCAUGAAAAAGGUGUGUAUAUUAAUGAAAUUAUCUCUCUGUUUUUUUUAGUUACCAUUAGAUGGUUGAUGAGUACAAUAAAUAAAUGAAUUAAUAGGGAAACAAUAUUCAGUUGAGAAUUUGAAGCAUAUCACGUAGUACCUAAUCAUUAUUAGUUAAUUCUAUCAGAACAAGAGUAGUUGAGUAUAAAUGCGUAAACGUUUCUGUACCUUUUUUUGCGAUCUUAUAGGCCAAAAUGACGGUCUUUGGAGUGACGAAGUUGACAUUUUCACUUUUUAAACGAAAUACAUACACGCCUUUGGUAGAAGUAUCUACAUGUACAAUUAUGGAGUAGUAAUAAUUUAUUUACAGAAAUAAUAGUUAUUGGAUAUUCGUUACUGCACCAAAUCAUUUUAGCAGUUUAAAGUAAUUAAAAUACACAAAAUAAUAUUUAUACAUGUAUGUAUGUAACAUACCUAUUGCAGUCUUUUUAGAACAUUCAUCAGUAAUCAAACAAUGCCAGAUCAAGAAAUAAAAAAUAAACCUUUUAAAAUAACCGUGGUCGGUGAUGGUAUGGUUGGAAAAACUUGUCUCUUAAUUUCUUACACAAGAAACGAAUUUCCAGAGGAAUAUGUUCCAACAGUUUUCGAUAAUCACAGCGAAAGUAUAUCUGUAGAUGGAAACGAUUACUGUAUAAAGUUAUGGGAUACAGCUGGACAAGAAGAUUACCAACGUUUACGACCUCUUUCCUAUCCUGGUACGAACUGCUUCCUGGUUUGUUUCUCAGUAUCGAGUGAAACUAGUUACGAAAACGUACGUAAUAAAUGGGUACCUGAAGUACGUCAUUACAUGCCUCACGUUCCCAUAAUUCUAAUAGCAACAAAAAUCGAUCUCAGGGACGAUCCAAAUAAUAUAUGCUUGACUGAAAAGGAGGGAAAAUAUUUAAAAAAGAAAAUACAAGCAAAAGCAUACCUAGAAUGUUCAGCAAAAACUGGAUUUGGAGUAAGAGAAAUAUUUGCAGAUGCCGUUCGGAUGUGUUUAAUAAAUGAAAAUAAAUCAAAACAACGAUUUUGUUGUCUCAUAUAAGACUUGACAAUGAAUAGAAAUUUCAUUUCUCUAAA